GAAACCGCUGGGAAUAAUGCUAUAAAAAGGAAUUUCUCUUAUCAGAGGACACAUAUCUUUCUACAAGGGUUCACCAGUGUCUGCUGAGCGCACAUAAAAAUGAAGACUUGGAUUUCAAUUGGUCUGUUGACAUUAGUCACUCUCCUUCAGAAUGGAGAAUGCACAAUAAACUCAUGGACAACACCAUCGAUUGCAACGGGAGAUGGAGGCAGUGGAACUCUUACAAGUACAGUUGAUAAUGGUGCAACAACCGGAAGCACACUUGGUAUAACCAUAGUCGCUACUUCGAGUGGUACUGUAAAUGCCUACACAUUGACAUCACAAACACCUACCGACGUUACUUUUGCCAUUGACAAUUCAGGUGUUCUCACAAUCGGGUCAGGCACUGUGGCUUACGCUACUACGUCUGUGUAUACAUUAGUCAUUACUGCUGGAGAUGAUGCAAGUGCGACGGGCAGUGCUUCUGUGACACUUUCGAUUAAUGAUCUACCAGCCUUUGCAGCCACACAAUACGGCUAUACCAUCGCAGAUGCAGCAGCUGCAGGCACAACUUUGGCAACACAUACGGCAACAGAUGUAGUGAACAGUGGCUCGUUAACAUAUUCUUUCUCAAGUGGAAAUACAAACACGGAUUUUGCAGUGAGCUCAUCAGGAGUUAUAACCACCGCAAACGCAAUGGCUGCUUCCACACUGGGGGGAUAUAGUCUUGUGCUAGAGGCUGCAGACGCUACCCUGACAGGAACUACGACGGUUUGGGUUGUUGUGACGUCAUGCUCAAGCGGAGCUGCAGGGAUCUUAGCUGGCGUCAUGACUUUGUUGAUGGCUAUGACGGCGACUUUGUAUUAGCUAAUUUAGUGACAACGAAAUAUUUCCGUUCCUUCAUCGAUAGCGUAUUUACAUCGGGAAAGACGAUUGAUCAUAUAAGACUGACUGUAUAAUUCUAAGACAUAAUGCGUCAACAUAAAUUCACGUUACAUUUUUAAACCUCUAUAUCGAGUUAAUCGUUGUCAUUGCUAAAUGUUAUUUUAUCUAUUGUUGCAUGAUACCAACUGCACAAACAGUCUUUGAAGUUGAUGAAAAGUGUAUGAAGUCGAGCGGGAAAUGAAUUGUCACUUUUGAUAGAUUUUAUUGAAGACAUUUGUGUGUUUGUUUGUUUUAUUAAUCAAAUGCUAGAAUGAUAUCAAGGCACUCGAUAUCUGCGCAUCUAUACCGAUAUGAUGUCUAUCAAUAGUUAUAAAAUAUCUAAAUGUUUUAAAUAACAGUCGUAAAGAGAACAAAAAGUAGGGUUGAAUUAUAUUCCUUAACCAUUCUCAUUCUUAUUGUUUGAAUAAAUAAAUUUACUUUAAGGCUAGUGCGACAGUAUGUGAUGGCAAUAGAAAAUUCGUUGUAACUAACUUUCUUCAAAAGAUAACAAUUUAUCAUUUUAAUGUCAUAGAGUGAAAAGCAAAAUCAGUCCCGAGUGCCUUGAAAUCAUUUAUUCUGAUCAAUUCAUGAAAUGAAUUAAAUUCAUUGAAAUAUUGAUCAGUUCUUACUCUGUCGUCACUUACUUAAACAUAUACACUUACUUAGAUGUAGUUAUCCUGAUGUAUCUUACGAUUUAUUUAGCUUUCAUGUCCUUAUUAAAAACUUUUACACAGCCGAAUAAUGAGCGUAAAUGCUAACAAUGAAAACUUAUUUCAUAACUAUUUAUAUAAAUCGCGGGUCAGUAUUUUGUCCUAUAGGACCGGUCUAUAUUCAACACAUGUUUACUGGAAAUUAAACUGAAAAUUAAUUUGUGAUGCCAUUAUUGAAUGGCUUGAAACUAUUGACCAUCUCGGUCAUUUAGAUCUCGGACAAUAGUUUUGACUAUCGACCGGCAAGCCAUCUGGUAAGUCCAAAAUACUUAUCUAUAGAAUAGGCAAGUUUUAGUUCUAGAAAGAAACUAACGCGGUAUUGAGUUUGUGAAGACACGACUUAAUUUCUGAUCAAAAUUAGUUCGUCACGCAAUAAAAAAUUACAAGCUAGUAAGAUUUAGCUAUAUUUGUAAAAAUUGUGACAUAAGGUUUGCAGUAAGUGAUACUUACUUACCAUCUUGAAAAUGUUUUCUCUUAUUAUCAACCUCUCUCUUUGCUUUUUGGCAGUGUUCUCAAUAAAAUUAUAAACUAUC